AUGUCUUUCCUUCGACAGAUGGCAUCCCAAUCCCGCCGCACCAUGUUCACUAUCAAAAAGUCUCCAUGGAAGAUACCGUCUAGCCAAGGGCCUUCACUUCCCCAGCAUGAACUUGUCGAUGAAGAGAUUUGCCCUGGAUAUAACCCAGCCUCCUUCUAUCCAGCACAGCCAGGGGAAGUGCUUAUCAAGAAAUUUCAAUUACUUAACAAAAUUGGAUGGGGAUCACAAUCAACCGUGUGGCUCGCCCGAAAUAUCUCCAGGAAUAAAUGGCAGUCGGAGCAGAUCGUCGCGGUCAAAAUAACGAAUAAUAACAACGUUGAAGAGGCACAUCAUGAAAAGGAAAUCGAAUACCAUAUUGCACAUCUAAAUCCAAAGCACCGAGGACACCUAAUCCUACGAACAUGCCUUGAUGCUUUUGAAUUAAUUGGUCCCAAAGGAAAACACAUGUGCCUUGUCUAUGAACCGAUGAGGGAACCUCUGUGGAUUUUUCAGAAACGCUUUAUCAGUCGCCAGAUCCCUUUACCUAUUGCAAAGACGUAUAUAUUUUUCCUUCUUGUUGGUCUCGAUUAUCUUCACUCGGAGUGCAAGAUUGUCCACACAGGUGACACAUUGUCCCCUCUUUACCUUCGAUUUACUUCAACUAAUACAUCGCUAGACCUAAAACUUGACAAUAUUCUCAUGAGCUUUGAGAGCGACGAAAUCCUUACUAGCUUCGUAAAAAAGAAACAGCAGAUGGAAUGUAAGUUAGAUGAAAAGAGUGGCCAAACUAUCUACCGAUGCAAUAACGACUUCGGCCCUCUUAACGGUAAACAGUUUACGAACUUAAUCCCCAAAAUAACGGAUUUUGGUCUCUCUACAAGACUAGACGGAUCGAACCAGCUAUCUUCUUAUCCUAUUCAACCUGAUUAUUACCGCGCUCCCGAAGUAAUCCUUGGCUGUGGUUGGAAUGAGAAGGCAGAUAUCUGGAACUUUGGUGUAUUACACUUGUCACUAAUAUCUCUGUCUGAUAAGCUGUGGAAUAUCCUGGGAGGCAAAGAGUUGUUCCAGCAGGUACAUGACCAAAACGGCCUGUACGAUGCAAAAUCACAUCUUGCUGAAAUGAUCGCUCUACUUGGAGCUCCCCCCAUUGCAUUAAUUGCAAGAUCGAAAGCCGGCUCUGGGAAUAAUUGGCCUCAACAUGUCACUAGCAAAACUGGUAAACUCUGCAAUAAUCCUCAAGAAUUUUUCGAUGGUCCUUUCUUUUGCUCUGAAGGAGAAUUCUACCAUAAUGAGCUUAUACCGUCUCGAAAAUUAGAGAGCACGAUACCGUUUCUCGAGGAGAGAGAGAGAGACGCGUUCUUGUCGUUUGCUAGCCAAAUGCUCAGCUGGGACCCGGAUCAAAGGAAGACAGCCCGCGAACUGAUUGACCAUCCAUUCCUUAAAUUGGGUGAUAAAUAA